AUGGAACUUGUGGGUUUGGGAUUUGUGGGUUUGGGGUUUGUGGAUAUCGAGCUUGUGAAUUUGGAGUUUUUGGGGCUUGGAGCUUGUUGGUUAGGUGUUUGUGGGUCUGUUGAAAUGGAGCUUCUGGGUUUGGGGCUUUUUGGUAUAGGGUUUGGAGUUUGUCAGUUUGGAGCUUGUACAGUACAUUCCAAUCCACGAACUGCACGCUCAAUUGGUGGCGCACCAGCACAAGUCACUUACCAAGCUGCUCUGUUGCGAGCUCCGUACGGAACUCUGCAGUACUUGUGCGGCGGCAGUAUAGUUUCAGGUUACUUUGUUCUCACUGCAGCCCACUGUGUUUACGAACCCGUAACAGGCUUGCAAAUUCGAGCAGGAACAUCAUAUUGGUCUAGUGGUGGAAGUUUGCACACACCAAGGCAAAUUAUAAUAUACCCUGGUUACAUAAACAGCAGUAUAAAACUUAAUAGUGCAAGUUCACCUUUGAAUGAUCUUGCCUUGAUUGAAGUCAAUGAACCAUUCAUAGGUCCGAAUAUUGCAGUAGUUAAUCUUUUCGUAGGAGAAACUCCUUCAAACAUUUAUGGCACAGUCAGUGGAUGGGGUUAUAAUGGUAAUCCAAAUUCUGUUAGCGGGACUGAUGUUUUACAAGCUGUAAGCGUGAUUGUUUAUAACAAAAAGACGUGUAAAAUGUAUAGCGAAUUGUAUAACCACAGGUUUAGCAUAAAUUAUCCUGACCAGGGCCAAAUUUGUGGUGGGACAUCAACUACAGCUGCUUGUCGAGGUGAUUCUGGUAGUCCGUUGGUUUAUAAUGGAGCUCAAAUUGGCAUCGUGUCUUAUGGUGGGGAAAUUUGUGGUGAAAUGCCGAGUUAUUAUACUGAAGUUUCAUAUUACGCAUCUUGGAUAAAACAGUACCUUAGAUAA